AUGCCCUACGCUACCAAGACGAGACGCUCCAAGAUGCUACCUAUCAGCCUCGCCGUCGCCACCCUCGCCAGCUUCGCCCUCGGCGACCCUCUCUUCCGCCGCGCCCCCACCGUCGAGACGCGGACGCUCGACGAGAUCUACCAGGCGGCCAAGAAGGAGGGCAACACGGUUACUGUGUGGCACGGCGGCGACGAGAAGAACCAGCAGGACUUCCUGAAGCAGGAGUUUGAGAAGAAGUUCCCCGACAUGACGCUCAACAUCACCGUCGACCUGUCCAAGUACCACGACGUGCGCCUGGACGAGCAGCUGGCCGCCAAGAACGUCUUCGUCGACAGCAUCAUCCUGCAGACGCUCAAUGACUACCCGCGCUGGGCCAAGGAGGAGGCCCUGCUGAGCUACGCGCCGGCCGGCUUCGACAAGGUCGUCCCGGAGUUCAAGGACGCCGACGCCUUCUGGUACGGCGUCUACGUCUUCUUCUGGUCCAACGGUUUCAACAGCAAGAAGCUGGGCGGCGCCGCCGCGCCCGCCGAGUACCCGGACUGGCUGAAGCCCGAGUUCAAGAAGAACCUGGUCCUGACCUACCCCCACGACGACGAUGCCGUCCUCUUUGCCUUUGACCUGAUCAUCAAAGAUUUCGGCGAGGAGUGGUUCGACAAGCUCCUGGCCCAGGAGCCCCGCUGGGUCCGCGGCACCGCCACGCCGGCCACCAUCGCCGGCAGCGACGCCCACCCGGAGGCCGCCUUCUUUGCCACCGGCGGCGGCUUCGGCUCCGACGGCGCGCUCAACUUCUCGCAGCCGACCAAGGGCCAGUACGUCUCGUGGCCGCAGCGCGCCGCCAUCCUCAAGGACGCCCCCCACCCGGAAGGCGCCAAGCUGCUGCACAACUUCAUCCUCUCCGAGGAGUACCAAAAGGCGAUGGGCACUUGGUCGGUCCUCAAGGGCUUUCCCACCCCCGCGGGCUUCCCGGACCUCGAGGGCAACAAGAACACGGAUCCCAACGCGUUUGCCAAGUUCAUGGAGGACCGUGGCGCGGUGGAGCGCAGACGGUUCUGGUAUGAGGCCAAGAUGGGCCCGGCGGUGGGCAAGAACCCGCGUGACGACGACAUUGGUGGUCCGUCGGGCGCUGACGCGGCGGCUCCCGCGCAGAACAACACCAAGGCCUGCCGUCCCAAGUCUGCUAAGCGCGCCAUGCUCUGA